AUGUGGGGCGUAAAAUACUGGCUGCCAGCACUAGGAAGAAGAGAUAAGCUCACUGGGCUGUUAGGAAGGGAGAUGCAGGGCUUUGACCCUGCAACAGUUGAGAAGCAGGAACAUGCAGAGAAGCUGCUGAAAUUCCAGAAUCAACGUGGAGGCAGAGUCCUCCUCCAGGAUGUGAAGAAGCAAGAGAGAGAUGAGGGGUAUGGUCUGCAGGCAAUGCAGGUUGCCCUGGAUCUGGAGAAGAAUGUGAACCAGAGUUUGCUGGAUCUACAGCAACUCACCACUGCCCAGACUGACCCUCAUCUGUGUGACUUCCUGGAGUCUCACUAUUUGGAUGAAGAGGUUGAGAUCAUCAAGCGACUUGGGGACUAUAUCACUAACCUGAAGCGUCUGGGAACUCCUGAGAAUGGGCUGGGAGAGUACCUGUUUGACAGGCUCUCACUGGAGGACAGCUGUUAG